UUUUAAAAUACUAACAGAAACUUUGUUGAAGUCUACACAUAACACAAACGGCAACGAAGUGGCACAUUAAUGGAAUACGAACCAAACGAACUUGAUGAAGAGUUCGAAAAUUAUUUGCAAUUGGUUCACUGCUUUGUGGUCAAGGAUUUUCCAUAUGCAGAACGAUGCAGUUUUGUGAUGAACUCGUCGGACUGUGUAUCGGGCACAAAUUUUGUGCCCUAUAUGCAGUUGAUGUCUUGUGUUUUCAAAUGUAAGAAUAAAUUCAUGGAGCUCGUCUUUAUCAGCAUAUUUCUGGCUCUCUGUGCAGAGCUUCUGUUGUGUCUGGGCUAUGUCGUUGAUCUAUAUUACGGCCCAGCGUUGAAGGUCGUUUCACGACUCCUACAUAUGAACGAGCAUUUGGCAGGAGUUACAUUGUUAGCAUUCGGGAACACAUCUCCAGAUCUAUUUGCCAAUUUAGCAAACAUCGAAGAAGAAGUGCCAGUGUUUGCCAAUAGCAUGUCCACAGCGCUAUUCGUGUCGAUGUUCACUGGCGGUUUGGUCUGCUACAUAAGCCCAUUCAAAAUGAAUUCACAUAGUACUAUUCGAGAUCUGUUGUUCUUUAUACUGGGCAUAUCAUUGCUUGAAUAUGUAAUGGCUAGCGAAGGCCAAGUGACCUUGAACGAGUGCAUUAUGUUAUGCAUGGUAUAUAUUUUUUACUUGAUGGUAAAUAUGCUCGAUUUGUACAUUAUGCGCAUCACCAUGAGAAUGAUGGAGCGUGAAAUCAAAGAGUUGAGAAGUAAGCCGCUAACAAGGGAAAUGACCCGAAAGUUAAACGAGUUGCAGCGGAAAUAUGACGAUUUAAAUGAGGAUGAGACUAUUGAGAUUGUGGAACGCACUUCAAGUAUAUUUGUCAGUGGAAAGCGUUCACAACGCGGAAAAAGUCGAGCAACCUUCACAUUUGGAACGCCUCAAAACCGGGGCCACGAUAACGUCAACGAGGAAGCCACCCGUAAUGUUUUCUAUAAUCUCAGCCAUGGAAAAAAUAUCCGUCUUUUUGAAGAAUUUUUUGAAUCCAUCAAACCUAUUGAUUGCUCCGAAUGGCGCAACCACAAUAUGUUUAUGAAAGCAUUUUACUUGGCCAAGGCACCUGUAGUGUUUCUGUGCGCCAUUUAUAUACCGCUGGUGGAUUAUGAGAUAGACAAGCAUGGCUGGAGCAAGUUGCUCAAUUGUCUUCACAUCGUUUUAAACCCAGCACUAACACUUAUGGUGGGUGGCGCCAUGUUUGUUGACCGUAAGGAGAACGUCUGGUGGUAUACGAACCUAAAAUUAAAAUACGCGCAAUACAGCUUCAUAGUUACUAUUCCUUUGGCCCUCAUUGUGUUUUUCCAUUCCCGCACCGACGUACCGCCUCGUUACCACAUAGUCUUCACCAUCAUGAAUCUCACUGGGUCAAUGUUCAUAAUAUUUAUAUGUGCAACAGAGAUCGAUUUGGUACUUGAAGUUGUUGGCAAUAUUUUGGACAUACCAGAGGAUUUCAUGGGCGUUACUGUAAACGCUGUGGCCGGUGCGCUCGGAGACUUGGUUGCCAACUCGUCAAUGGCUAUGCAGGGUUACGAGAAAAUGGCCUAUGCUGCUGCUAUUGGGGGUCCCUUUUUCACUGUGCUGAUGGCCACAGGCGCAGUAUUGGCAGCAAAAAUUAUGAGUGGUAUGGAGGCGACGAUGGAUGAACAGAUUGGAGAUUAUGGUGAAAACGCGUAUAUUUUUCUGAAUUUAGGCCUCUUCUCUGCCCUUCUGUGGACCUCAACACUAAACUUUUUUGCUCGGCGCUCUACGGGUAUUUUCUCCAUGGGCAUCUAUGGAUUGUAUAUAUUUUUUGCCAUUCUGAUCGAGCAAAACAUUAUACACUCCUAUUCAAGGGAUGAUGUAUUUCCUAUACCUGAGUAAUGUAAAAUAAAUUCUGCCACAGCCUUAUACUUUAAUAAAAAAGAACGCUCUAGUGGGUUGUGGAUAACUAUGACAUAUAAAUAUAU